AUGGCAACCACAUUUUUAGGUCGUUUAAUUAGUAAAGUACAAGGAGUACAAAGAGCCUUUAAAAAGUUUGUUGACUUGAUUCAAGAUAAUGCAGAAUCCAAGGUGAUCAGUCAAAUCGAAAAUGAAGUUAAUGCAGAACUACGCGAAGUACAUGAUGUGGAUAUUAUAGAACUUGAAUUACCAGAAAUAAAGGCCAAGGGCAAAAAACGUGAUAAAAUUUUUGAAGCGAUCCAUGAUAUUUUUAACAUCGAAAUUAUUGACAAUAAAUUAUUCAUAAAAGUGGGUUUACCAUUUUGUUUUAUAAUUAUUUUACAUGCAUUUUCUAAUUCUUUUGUUACUAUUCAGUUGGAUGGUGGGAUAAAAACAGAAAUACAUAAGAAAGUAAUGUAUUCACUUGAUCAACAACUUCCACCAACUUGGUGGACUCAAAUUAAUACAAUAUGUGUGGUUAAUGGUAAUCAGUAUCAACCUGAUGUGGGCAGUUGGAAUCCUAAACCAGCACGUAAUCAAAGACUUACUCCUAUUAUUAAUCCAUGUCCACCACCAUUGUUAUGGAUUGAGGUGGCCUAUGACAAUUCUGGAGAUCAUGAUAAUGGCAUAAAUAAAAUCAUGUGCAUUCAACCCCACUGCCCAAACACAACAUAG